GGUGCGUUUAAAUUUUAUUAGCCUGCGGGGCGCGCGGCUGCGAGACCUCUGUUCUUGCUUCUUCUUGCACUGCUGUGCUGCUCGAUAUGUGGACGAUGCGCCCUUGAAUAGUGGAUAACAAUCCGAAGGAAGUAAGAAAUGUCUUCAAAGACCGCCGACAAACCGAAAAAAGGGAAUGGUGUCUCGGCGAGUCCACUGGACGUCAGUGGCUCCAGCUCCGUACCCGGCUCUACGGCAGCUGCCUCAUUUACCAACGGCAACGGCCAUGGGGCCAGCAGUGGCAUCAACAUCAGCGUGUGUGCGGACUCAGAUGGGGAUAGUUCAAUUGCGGCCGAGGACUCAUUGUGUGCCACUCCAACUCGGGCCAAGGUCAAGGUUCCCCUUCCCAGUUCAACACCCCCCAGCGACCGAGGACGUCAAAAAGUGAGAAGAAGCGAGGAUCAAACGCCAGUUUCUCACAAGAUCACUCUCGAGUGGUGGAUCUAGAGAGAGAGAUGAGGAAGUUACUUUCGGAAAGGAAUGAGUUGAGCAAGCAGCUCUACUCCAGCAAACAGGACAACACAAAGCUGGAGAACAAAGUGCAGGUUGCCGUGAGGGACAAAUCGGCCCUCCUCUCCCAGAUGGCAAGCAUCUCCAAACACAACAGAGAUCUCUCCAGAGGAAAAGACAUCCUCCUCGCCAAGGCAAAAGCAUUCUCGUCGGUGGAUGUGAAGAAGGCGAGGUCUCUGGAGCAGAGUCUGAAGCAGGCCAACAGAGAGAAGAGGGCCAAGCAGAGAGAGCUGGACCGACUGGAGAUACAGAUGAACAUGACCAGCAAACAGAUGCAGGAGCGACUGCUGGCGUCUCUGGACGAGAGAGAGGAGAUGGAGAACAGGAUUGAGGACCUCGAGUGCGAAGUGCAACAUAUGGCCGAGUGCCAAGCUGCCAGCGAAGAAACAAACAACGAACUGAAAGCGUCACUUGCAGCUCAAGAAGAGGUUUGUCAGUCUUUGCUAGAGAAACAGAAUCAACUGGAAAUGACAAUCCAAGAGAAGGAGAAGGAUUGGAGUGAGGAGAGAGACAGACUGACCACUGAAACAGCCGAACUAAAAUCAAACUUACAAUCGGCAGAAGUCAAAAUAGAUGAGCUGGACAAGGUUGUCAUAUCAAUGGAGGAGCAGCUGUCUCAGACCUCUCAGGAGGCAAGCAGUCUCACUACUCAACUACAAUCUGUGAAGACUGAACUGGAGACCGAGAGAGAGGAGAAGGGUGAGGUCGAAGGUCAACUGAGACAGUGCCAGGUCCUACUACAACAGGAGGAGAAGAAGACGAGCACUCUAGAGGGAAACAUUGCCGACUUGUCUCGAUUGAACUCUGACCUCCAGACACAGCUGAAAUGUAGCCAGUCGGAGUUGGAGGGAGAGAGAGGAGAGAGGGAGAGGGUCCAGACAGAGCUGACCCAGUCCAAGGCCAAGCUGCUGGAGACACAGGAGAUAGUGGCCACUCUAGAGGAAAGAGUGGCCCAGUCAGAUCAGUUGAACUCUGACCUUCAGACACAGCUGACGUGUGAGAGGGAGAGGUUGGAGGAAGAGAGGAAGGAGAGAGAGAAGGCUGAGGAGAAGCUAGCGGUCGCCACAACCCAGCUCAGGGACCAGGAGACUCAGAGACAACAUGAGCAGCAGGAACAUGCUGGGGCUCUGGAGGCAGCUCACAGCAAGUGCUCCACCCUCCUAACUGGGCUAGAGAAGGCAGUGAGUGAAGGGAGAGAGACACAGGCUCUGCUUCGGAGCCAGAUGAGCACCUUGGAGGCUGAAAGACAAAAGGCUGUACAGACGGCAGAGGAAGCAAGGGAGAUGGAAGUGGCCGCUCGUGUCCAACUCACUGAGCUGGAGAAGAGACACACGGAGCAGGAGGCGGUCAAGUCAACUGCCCUCCAGCAGCUAGAGCAAGCAAAGGAAGAGCUAAUCUCACUUCAGGACCAAGUCGAUGGCCCACUCUCCAGAGAAGUGGUUGCAGCUGUCCAGGGGGAGAUGAAGAAGGAGUUGGAAGAGGUCAAAACAAAGCUCUCUCAACAGAAACAACACUCAACAAGAGUGGAGAAUGAGAUGGGAGAAAGAGUUGGUGAAUUAGAAGAAGAGUUAGAGAGGAUGAGGAGUGAGAGAGAGCAGCUGGAGGUGGCUUACUUGGACCUCCAGGAGAAGUGUCGUCCUUUCCAGGACCAGAUUGAAGGGCUGGCUGAUGUCAAUGCCUUACUGAAGAGCCAAGCUGCCUUGGCCAGAAAAGAGGCUCAAGAGGUGUCUGACCAGUUUGCGUCUAUCGUGGGCCACCAGAACACACGGCAGAAGAUCAGAUACGUGAAGAAAAUCAGGGACGAGAACGCAGCGCUGAAAAUGGAGAUAGGCGAGUUACGGAUGGAGCUAUCAAAGCAAAAGAAACAAAUCAGGAAGAUGAAUGAAACCAAGGCGACAUCGGCUCCACCGGCCCGCCCCCUUUCUUCCAAGAACUAGAUACAUACACACCAAAAUUAAUGUUCUCUCUUUCACCUCCUCCUCCGCCAAUGCAUCACUGGACAACUCUUUCACUUUCAACACAAUGAUCGUUGUUACGUUUAUUUCUCGUACUUAUAGUGUAUGUGUGUGUUUGUGUGUGAAUGUUGCUAUGACUGACCAUUUUCGAAAUAUGUUCCUAAUUAUCCGUUUCAACCAGAAAUAUUGAACAAAAAUUCCUCACCACAAAACCGAACUGCGCGUUUUCCGCGCGAAAACGCGUCGGCCGGGAUCGCGACGGUGGAGAACGACGGUUUGGCACUGGAAAGAGAUCGAGAGCCGUUGUCGGUUGUUAUGGAGCUCCCAAGCUAUGCUGACAGCGUCAGGCCGACCAGUCUCCCGGGAUUCACCAACCCGCGCUGCUCAGUGGAGGGCGAGGAGGAGGAGGAAGAGGAGAGGAGGGAGGGGGAAGAGGGGUUAGAUGCGGAUGACCUCCCACCACCUUACUCUCCUGGUGGCUUUGGACAACGAGACGUGUUUGUGGCUCCACCGGAGUACUUUGCCAUAUUUGGUCAGAUACGAGAGGCCAGGGAGGAGUCCUCCAACCACUUUGUGUUUCUACGGAAACUCUGUCAAAUCCUCCUCAACACAAGUGUGGAAUUGCGUGAAGGUGUCCUCAUUAGGGGUGUCCUGGGAGAAAGGCUCCACCAUACACCGAAUCUUCUCUAAACACUGGUGGUUUUAAUGAUCUCUCUCUCUCUUUCUGUCUCUCUCUUGCAGUUGGCUGCACAGUGUUGCUACUCGUCUUCAUGUCCAUACCAAUCGCUGUUCUUGCUCUAGGUAUCUAUUUCAUUGAUAGAUGUCCGGCCGAACCAAACAUUCCUGUCUUCCUGGUAGUGGGCGGAGUUUCGGGAGCCCUCAAGAACAUCGCCCUUGUCUUUGAGAACAUAGUGAAACGGACAUCGCAUCGUUUUUCUGUCGAAUCGGCCCGCAGACUCCGCUACGCAAAGUUCACCUGGAGAGCCGUAAAUCUUAUCUUUGACUUGUUUCUGAUGGCGUGGAUAAUCGCCGGUAGCUACUGGAUCUAUCACAUCUACCGCGAGGUGGACCCCGAUUUCGACGAAUGUCACGAAACGCUGUACAAGUUUGCGUUUGGUGUCAUCACGUCGAGUUACAUCCUCUUUGCAAUGAUGUGCUGCUGCAUGUGUGUGUGUGGCGUCUGUCUUCUCCCACGUCACUCCGAGGAGGAGGAGGAGGAGGGUGGGGAGGGGGAAGAGGGGAGCAGGAGGGGGUCGCACUCACCCACUCCUCAUUCUGAUCUAGAGAACUCUCCCCAACCGGGAGAAACUGCUACUGAUGGAGGAAACGUUUCGUCUGAAAACGGGGAAACGGUUGGACUUCACUCCGAGGAAGAAUAUGGAGAGAGAGGAAGAGGAGAAAGGGAAGAACAAGGAGGGACAGUUGGUGGAGAGAGAGAAGGAAGAGAGAGAGGAGUGGAUAUGGAGCCAAUUAUUGGCGGGAGAAGACAGUUGCCUCAGCAAAACCUCACUCUAGACAACCUGGAGCCUCUGAACGUUGGAGAGUACGAACAGACUCCUGUACUGAGCCCCAGAGCCAGGCAAUUAGUGACUAACGAACAGGGGCAUCCCCUCUCGCCUAAAACAACUUCAGUCUGAAUCUUUUUAUCACAAUCAUUUUUUACACUGAG